AUUGGCUGCGGGCGCCGGAAGCCGGCAGCGCCCCCUGGCGGCGGAGCGGGGCCGAUGGCGCUGGUGGUCGCGCGGCUGCUCCGGGCACCGCUGCGGGUCCUGUGUCGCUCGAUGGCGUCGGAGGCGUCGGAGCCGUCGGGGGCUCCGGGGGCCCCUCCCCGGGAAUUCCAGACCCUGCGGCUGCGGCAGGAGCGGGAGCACGUCCUGCACGUGGAGCUCAACCGGCCCAGCAAGCGCAAUGCCAUCAACCUGCUCUGCUGGAGGGAGCUGGUGGAAUGUUUCCAGGACAUCUCCCGGGACCCCUCGUGCCGCGCCGUCGUCGUCUCGGGCGCCGGGGACGCCUUCACCUCCGGGAUCGACCUGGCGGACCUGGGGGGGCUCUUCCUGGGGAUCCCAGGCGAGGACGUCGCCCGGCGCGCCUGGAACCUGCGCCAGAAGAUCCUGGAGUUCCAGGAGAGCUUCUCCGUGCUGGAAAAGUGCCCCAAGCCCGUCAUCGCCGCCGUGCACGGACCCUGCAUCGGAGCCGGUGUUGACCUGAUCUCGGCCUGUGACAUCCGGUUCUGCUCCCAGGACGCCUCGUUCCAGGUCAAGGAGGUUGACAUCGGGCUGGCGGCCGACGUGGGGACCCUCCAGCGCCUCCCCAAAAUCGUGGGGAGCCAGAGCCUGGUGAACGAGCUGGCCUUCACUGCCCGCAGGAUGUUGGCGCCCGAGGCCCUGAGCUGCGGCCUCAUCAGCCGGGUGCUGCCCGACAAGGCCACGCUGCUGGAGGUGGCCCUGGGGGUGGCCGUGGCCAUCGCCGCCCGCAGCCCCGUGGCCGUGCAGGGCACCAAGAUCAACCUCGUCUACUCGAGGGACCGACCCACCCCCGAGGGGCUGCAGCACAUGGCCACGUGGAACAUGGCCAUGCUGCAGACCGAGGACAUCCUCAAGUCGGUGCAGGCAGCCCUGGAGAAGAAGGGCCCCGAGGAGGUCCCCUUUGCCAAGCUCUGAUGUCACCGGGGGGCCACCGAGGUCCCCUCUGUGUCCCCAACA